UGCGCUUAUGAGGGAAGUCCCCCCUUGCGUUUCUCGACGCGGAGAGUGGGCGUCGUCGUUGCGUCCUCCACGCCUCUGCCCCCUCCCUCGCUCCAGAACGUUGCUGUGGUAGCGCCUGGGCGCCAUGUUAGGAGGCCGGAGAGGAAGAGGAAGAAUCAGAGGAAGCGGCAGUAGCAACAACAGCGGCAGCCACCAGGCCUAGCAAGCGGCUCUUUCCCCUCUCUUAGAGGGCCCGAGCCAGGCCCGUAUCAUGCUCACGGGGCCCGCUUUCCAGGGGCGGGAAGAGUAACUGCUCUGGAGAAGAGGUGGCGGCGUUUAACCACAGCCGGAGAGACGAUGCCGUUAUCCAUAUGCUCCUAAUUUCUUCAGUUUUGAUCGAAGAGAAUUAUUGUGCAUUAUCGAAAGUGAUGAAAUUAAGUCCAGUUACAACCCAGGGAUCACAACAAACACAACAAACACAGAAGCAUUAUGGCAUUACCUCACCUAUCAGUUUAGCUGCCCCCAAGGAGAUCGACUGUGUACUUACUCAGAAAUUAAUUGAAACUCUUAAACCCUUUGGUGUCUUCGAAGAGGAGGAGGAACUGCAACGCAGAAUUCUAAUCUUGGGGAAACUAAAUAACUUAGUAAAGGAAUGGAUACGGGAAAUCAGUGAAAUUAAGAAUCUUCCACAGUCUGUAAUAGAAAACGUUGGAGGAAAAAUUUUUACAUUUGGGUCAUACAGAUUAGGUGUACAUACAAAAGGUGCUGAUAUUGAUGCGUUGUGUGUGGCGCCACGGCAUGUUGACAGGAGUGACUUUUUCACCUCAUUUUAUGAAAAACUGAAACUACAGGAAGAAGUAAAAGACUUGCGGGCUGUCGAAGAAGCAUUUGUUCCUGUUAUCAAACUGUGUUUUGAUGGAAUAGAGAUUGAUAUAUUGUUUGCCCGAUUAGCGCUACAGACUAUUCCUGAAGACUUAGACCUUCGAGAUGAUAGUCUACUUAAAAAUUUAGAUAUUAGAUGCAUACGAAGUCUUAAUGGUUGCAGAGUAACCGAUGAAAUUCUCCAUCUAGUACCAAACAUCGACAAUUUCAGAUUAACACUGAGAGCUAUCAAAUUGUGGGCCAAACGGCACAACAUCUAUUCCAAUAUACUAGGUUUCCUUGGUGGAGUUUCCUGGGCUAUGCUAGUAGCAAGAACUUGCCAGCUUUAUCCAAAUGCAAUAGCAUCAACUCUUGUACAUAAAUUUUUCUUGGUAUUUUCUAAAUGGGAAUGGCCAAAUCCAGUGCUAUUGAAACAGCCAGAAGAAUGCAAUCUUAAUUUGCCUGUAUGGGACCCAAGGGUAAACCCCAGUGAUAGGUACCAUCUUAUGCCUAUAAUUACACCAGCAUACCCCCAGCAGAACUCUACGUACAAUGUGUCCGUUUCAACACGUAUGGUCAUGGUCGAAGAAUUUAAGCAAGGUCUUGCUAUCACAGAUGAAAUUUUGCUGAGUAAGGCAGAGUGGUCCAAACUUUUUGAAGCUCCAAACUUCUUUCAAAAAUACAAGCAUUAUAUUGUACUUCUAGCAAGUGCACCAACGGAAAAACAGCGACUAGAAUGGGUUGGGUUGGUGGAGUCAAAAAUCCGUAUCUUGGUUGGAAGCUUGGAGAAGAAUGAAUUCAUUACACUGGCUCAUGUAAAUCCUCAGUCAUUCCCAGCACCCAAGGAAAAUCCUGACAAGGAAGAGUUUUGUACAAUGUGGGUGAUUGGGUUAGUGUUUAAGAAAACGGAGAACUCUGAAAAUCUGAGUGUUGAUCUUACGUAUGACAUUCAGGCUUUUACUGACACUGUUUAUAGGCAAGCAAUAAACAGCAAGAUGUUUGAGAUGGAUAUGAAAAUUGCAGCGAUGCAUGUUAAAAGAAGGCAACUUCAUCAACUGCUACCUAGUCAUGUGCUUCAGAAAAAGAAAAAGCAUUCAACAGAAGGGGUCAAGUUGACAGUGCUGAACGACAGCAGCCUAGACUUAUCUAUGGAUAGUGAUAACAGCACAUCUGUGCCUUCUCCUACUAGUGCUAUGAAGACAAGUCCAUUGAACAGUUCUGGAAGCUCUCAGGGCAGAAGCAGUCCUCCUCCAGCUGUGACGGCAGCAUCUGUGACCAACAUACAGGCUUCUGAAGUCGCUGUGCCACAAACAAAUUCCAGUGAAAGCUCAGGGGGUUCUUCAAGUGAAAGCAUUCCUCAGACUGCCACACAGCCAGCCAUCUCUCCACCACCAAAGCCUGCCAUUUCUAGAGUAGUUUCUUCAACUCGUCUUGUCAACCAACCACAGAGACCUUCAGGAAACACUGCAACGAAAAUAACUAGCCCUGUAGCAGGUUUGAAGAGGACAUCGUCCCCUCAUAAGGAAGAGUCUCCCAAAAAAAUAAAGACUGAAGAGGAGGAAAUGAAUGAAGAUGCUAGCUGUCUUGAUGUGAGUGAUCAUGAUAAAAUGGAAACUAAGGAACUACUUGAUACAGAUUCAGAGAUGGCCUCUCAACCAGAAACUCUUCAAACAACAGUAUCUCUGCAAGCUCCUCAGAAAAUGCCCAGUACAGACCUUUCAGAUAUCCCUGCUCUCCCUGCAAAUCCUAUUCCAGUUAUCAAAAAUUCAAUAAAACUAAGAUUGAAUCGGUAAAACCAACCUCAGGGGUCCAUAAACAGUAUCUGCCAAUUCAACCUAAUGUCUUCUAAUGCUGAAAUGGAGAACAGAGGGUGCAAGACAAGAAUGUGAACACAGAUGGAUUUAGGUGUGUUUUGUGCACUUCCCUUGCUGGGCUAUAAUCACUUGAUCUGGAAGUCCAGGUUAGUAUGUGAAGUCAGGAGUACUAUUAAUGUGUUAGCAACAGUUACAUUGAAUAAUUCAAAGGAUUACUGCCUUUUAAAAGGAAUGGGAAUACUAUUUCUAGCCAUAUUUGACACUGAUUGGGUUUAUGUUGAUGCAUUGUUUGGAAGAAAAAAUAGAGCUUAAACGGGCAAAAGAAUCCCUUAAAUGCACUUUUAUGUACUUUUUUAUUAGAAUAUGACUAAUUUUAGUGCUUCAGCUUGAUAGUUUUUAUUUUUAUUGAAGACAUUCUUCAAUAUCUGUGACCUUCAAAUUAGAGAAUGGCCUGAUAUAUUGUGUACUGAAGGUAAAGGUAUGCGCUAUAUCUAGCUCAGUUACCAAUAAGCUGCAGUAAACCUUUAAAAGAAAAUGUCAAAUCUUGAGGUUGUAAGUCUGAGAAAACAAGUAUUGGGUAUUUGAUGGGGCAUGAUUAAGAAGUGGUCUAUUUUGUAUUUAUAGGAUUAUUUUAUGGUGCAUACAAAUCAGCUAUCAAAAAGCAAUUAAUUUUUCCUUGAGCUAAUCAGACCUAUUCUCUUCCUGUUCCUGUCACCUUAUUUCUUAGAGGGAGAAAAAGCUUUUGCAUUUAACUUGUGUUUCAGUUUGUAUGCACAAAUUAGGACUAAUGUUGUCAGUCAAAUGCUGGUAUUAUUUCUUUUAACUGGUCAUGAUGGUUACGUAAACCCUGUAACUCUGUGGCCCUUAGGCAAAAAUGCCACAUUUUCCUCCAUGACUGAAACUGAGUAAAUAAAGUGUGCCUGUGAAGCAUAAACCUGUCUUGAUGGCCUUUUCAUAAGAGUUUUGUAUGCUCCAUAAAAGUCCUAUCUGCAUUGCAAACAUCUCGGAUUUUAAAUGUAAAGGCAGAUCUUGCCUACCCUAGGAUUUUAACAGAUUUAUUUCUAGAUAGCUCAUCUCAGCAUAGUUUUUACAUUCUGAAUGUUUUUUUUUAAAGUCACAAUUCUAGCAGGCACUUGAAAAUCAAAUAAGCUCUCCUUACUCAGUUGUCUUUGUUUUGUUCUGUAGAGCUAUUAAAAUGAUUAGCAGCAACUUUGUUUAAAAGGUAUGAAAAUCUCACAUGACUAAGAAGCAGAAAGUGAGGAAUGCCAGUGAUUAUCAGAUGGAGAUAGCAAACUACAUAUAACUUUGAUUCAAUCAAAAUUAAGUGGGAUGGUUAAAUUGCUCUUCCCAUAUUUUCUGAUCAGCAUGUUUUAUUAAACUUCUUUCCCUGCAUUGUGCUUAAUCCUCCUACAUGUGCAUUUCCAUGUUAAAGUAAAAUUACUUGCUCUUCCCCUUUCCCCUUAUAAGUUAAUUUUCCAAAGUCAAGAGGUUGCAACGUACUCCCUACCUCCCCAGUUGUGCAGUAACCAACAUCUUAUUUUCUGCCAUUUUGUCUACAACGUCUAGUAUACAAAAUUCUUGCCCUCACCCUGUACAGCCUGUCAUCCAACCUUCCGCCCCCUUAACAUGCUCCUGCACCCUCCUCCCCUCUCUCCCCUGCCACCCAGUCCAAAAGGUUUAACUAACAGUUGAAGUGUACAAGCUGUCUGUGUAUUUUGUGUAGCUAUGGAGUUUAGAUCGAACUUGCCAGGCACAAAUUUAGUCUUGUUUUGUUUACACAUCAGGAAAUCUUUUUUUUUUCAUUUUAUUAAACGUUUCAUGUAUCUGCACCCAAGUUUUGCCAAGCUGGGAACUUGGAAUCUUUUCUGUAUAGUGACUUUUUAAUUCUAGUUUUCAUAACCUGGAGAUCAGACUGUUGCUUUCGCAUGAUGUACGUAGGUGUCUCAUGACUGGAGUUGCUUUGUUUUAUAGUAUCUGUACUCCUUGUAUUUUUCAAGAGCUAUUUUGUAAACAGAUGAUGUAUUUCUCCAUGGAAAACAAUAAAAAAACAGCACAAUCCCA